AUGCAUUGCCUCACCCACUACUGCUCCACCAUGCGCAACACCCUCUUGGAAGCGACGUACCAGUACGACUUCGAAGAUGGCGACCAGGAGAAGAUCGAGAAGGCUCUCGACGACACCCUCGUCUGGACCAGGUCGGUCAAGGCCCAAACCGAGGGGAAGGAGGAGCUCGAGGGCAAGCAGAAGGAGGUGGAGAGCAUCGUCACCUUUCUCCGGAUGAAGCUUGCACGCAACCUCGUGCGGAAGAUCGUCGGCGGCGGGAUGAGGCUCGGAGGCGCGAAGUUCUUGCUCGCGUGA